ACAGGGCGGUGCAGGAGCCUGCCUCCUGCACCCUCCCCAGUACGCGGCGCCGGCUGGUAGCCACUGGGCACCCGGAGACCAUGGGGAAGCUAGUGGUGCUGACCCUGCUGGGGGUCAGCCUGGCCUUAAUCGGGGAGCGAUUACUGGUAUUUAGAGAAAGAACUAAUGCAACUCGAGAACUGGAACCCGUAGAACUUCAGAACUGCGAUCUUAUUGAGGGACUUGAAAAUGGCUCUGAAGAUAUUGAUAUACUUCCUAGUGGGCUGGCUUUUAUCUCCAAUGGAUUAAAAUAUCAGGGCAUGCCAGAUUUGGCACCAGAUGCAUCAGGAAAAAUCUACUUGAUGGAUCUGAAUGAGCAAAACCCAAGAGCAGAAGCAUUGAAAAUCAGUGAUGGAUUUGACGAAAAAUUCUUUAAUCCACAUGGGAUCAGUACCUUCAUUGACAAAGACCACACUGUGUAUCUCUACGUUGUGAAUCAUCCCCACAUGAAGUCCACUGUGGAGAUAUUUAAAUUUGAAGAACAACAACGUUCUCUCAUACACCUGAAAACCAUAAAACAUGAACUUCUCACGAGUGUGAAUGACAUUGUGGUUCUUGGACCAGAACUGUUCUAUGCCACCAGAGACCACUAUUUUACCAACUACUUCUUGUCACUUUUGGAGAUGUUCUUGGAUCUUCGCUGGACUCAAGUUCUUUUCUAUAGCCCCAAAGAAGUUAAAGUGGUGGCCAAAGGAUUUAGUUCUGCCAAUGGAAUCACAGUUUCACUAGACCAUAAGUAUAUCUAUGUAGCUGAUGUAUUAGCUAAGAAUAUUCACUUAAUGGAAAAGCAUGAUAACUGGGAUUUAACUCAGCUGAAGGUAAUACCAUUGGGCACCUUGGUGGAUAACUUGACUGUUGAUCCUGACACAGGAGAUAUUUUGGCAGGAUGCCAUCCUAAUGCCAUGAAGUUGCUGAUCUAUAAGCCUGAGGAUCCCCCAGGGUCAGAAAUACUACGCAUCCAGAAUGUUUUGUCUGAUAAGCCCAGGGUGAGCACCAUCUAUGCCAAUAAUGGCUCUGUGCUUCAGGGGACCUCAGUGGCUUCUGUCUACCAUGGGAAAAUUCUCAUAGGCACAGUGUUUCACAAAGCUCUGUACUGUGUUCUCUAAACUGCAGAUAUUCUAAAAAGUCUACAUGUUUGAUAAAAGUAAUCGUGUAUUACAUAAUGAGUUGAACUGUAAACAAAUAACACAUACCAUCAAAAGUGUGUUUUGCUUUCCUUCUGGAUAGAGGUGAAAGAGCAGAAAUCGGUUGCAUAACAUCCACCAAAUGUCAAGCCAAGUUAAUGACAGUCCAGCAAGAAGUCAAACUGCUCCACUCUUCUUCAAGCACCCCCAAUAUCUUUGUACAGUAAGAUGUGUGGGCUGUGUCCACAGAGGGCUCUACCUCAUCCCUGGGUAACUGCAUAGCACAAUUGCCUCCUACAGCUGUGAUGUUCUGAGUCUCCUGCAGUCUAGCUCAAGAGAGAAGCUAAUGUUCAAGCAUUAUCAAUUCCUGUUCUCUUCCCUCAAUUGUUUGGGGCACCAAAUGCUAAUCAAUUGUCCCAGCCUACAGCAAAAAGCAAGAACUGGCAACACCAGACUACCAAAGACGUUCCUUGAACUUACAGUCUCCAGAGUAGACACACAGGGAAUCGGGUUCUGGGAAAUCUAACAGAGCGGAACCUCACUGGCUACCUUAGGGCAAGGCCAGAGGUGAUGUGUUCACCUGUAAUAGAUCUCAGUUUGUACCGAUAUCUGUAUUUCAAGUGUUCCUAAUCUGUUUGACAAUGAACCAUCAGAUGGGGGCUCAGGGCAGUUGUUUUCCACUGCUUUCAGCUUGCUCUACUGGUUAAUUCAAUAAACACUUAUUAAACAGCC